CUUGAACCCAGAAACAAAUCCCUACUAUUAUCUAAAUAAAACAGCCCCUUUUUGCACUUCGAUUGCUGCAGAAAUCCUUGUACAAAAAUUAUUGUUUUGUCGCUUUCUAAAGGACGGUUCAGUGGUUGAUCUUGCUAGUGCAAAAGCAAAAUCAACCAGGCGCUUCAUUGUAUCUUAUGGGCAUUUCGAGUUACUCCUUUUGCAUACCAGAUUUGGUGGAGGCAAAAUUAGUCUAAAGGAAAGUGGCAUUUGUAACACGCCUUGAAGCCAUUUGUAGAUUUUUUACCCUAUUUAUUCAACAAUCUUUAGGCUAAUUUUCUGUUUUGCAAUUAUGGCUGCAACUUUGCGUGAGAUGGCUACUAAUUUCCAGAAGUUAGAUCGCUUUGAUGGGGGCAACUUUAUUUGAUGGCAAGGCAAGAUGCGCAUCCUUCUCACAACUCUCAACAUCAUUUAUGUUCUCACUGAUGCUCAACCAGAGGAAAAUGAGAAUGAAACUUUGCAAGAUACAAGGAAACGGAAAAAGUGGGAGAAUGAUGAUUAUGUCUACAGGGGCUGCAUCUUAAAUGGUAUGUCUGAUUCCCUUUUUGAUACUUAUGUUCAUGAGUUUACUGCAAAAGAAUUGUGGGAUAAGUUAGAAGCAAGAUAUAUGAAUGAAGAUGCAACAAGUAAGAAGUUUCUAGUGACCAUAUGGAAUAAUUAUAAAAUGAUUGAUAACAAAUCAGUCAUGGAACAAUUUAGAGAAAUUGAAAAGUUGCUGAAUAGUUUGAAGCAAUAUGAUAUGAAGAUGGAUGAAUCCAUAGUUGUGUCUUCAAUAAUUGAUAAACUUCCUCAUGCAUGGAAAGAUUUCAAGAGAACAUUAAAACACAAAAAGGAAGAUAUUUCUCUUGAAAAUCUUGCUAACUCUCUGAGACUUGAAGAGCAAUAUAGAGCAGAAAAUGAAAAGGAGCAGAAAGUGCAAAUCUCGGAUGUGCAUGUAUUGGAGGAAGGAACUUCAAGCAAGCCCAAAAAGCCUUUCAAGAAGGAGUAUUCUGUCAAGCAAAAUCAGAAAUUUAAGGAGCAAAAGGGUGCAUGUUUCCAUUGUGGAAAAACUAGACACUUCCAAAGGGAGUGUUAUUUUCUCAAGAAGAAAAGGAAAGCACCAGCAUUAUCACAUGAAAAAUUCAUUGCUGUGAUUUCUGAAAUUCAUCUCAUGGAAGAUGACACUACUUGGUGGAUAGAUUCUGGUGCUACAAAGCAUGUUUGCAAGGACAAAAGUCUAUUCAAGACUUUAAAACUAGAACCUGAAGGAAAUGUGCUGUAUGUGGGAAAUUCUGCAGCAAUACAAAUGAAAGGCAAAGGAACCGUGGACCUUGAGUUCACUUCUGGAAAAGUUGUCACUCUCACUGAUGUGCAUUAUGUGCCGAAUAUCAGAAAAUAUCUAGUUUUAGCAAGUUUGUUGAACAAAUUUGGUUUUAAACUUGUAUUUGAGGCAGAUAAAUUUAUUCUGUCUAAAGUUGGGAUUUUUGUAGGCAAAGGUUAUGCUUGUGAGGGCAUGUUCAAGAUGAACAUUAAUUAUAAUAUUAAUAAUAAGGGUGUUGUUUCUGCUUAUAUUCUUGACUCAUUUAAUUUAUGGCAUCAUAGAUUAGGACAUGUUAAUUUCAAGAAGAUGCAUGAGAUGUCUAAAUUAGAAUUAAUUCCUACCUUGCCUAAAAAUGAAUCACAAUGCAAGACAUGUAUGCUUACUAAGAUUACUAGAAUUCAUUUUCCUAAGAUUGAAAGAGUUUCUAAAUUGCUUGAUCUAGUGCAUAGUGUUGUUUGUGACAUGCAUAGCACUCCUACUAUUGGUGGCAAGAAAUAUUAUGUUACUUUUAUUGAUGAUUAUUCAAAAUUCUGUUAUGUUUACUUGUUAAAUACAAAAGAUGAAGCAAUGGAAAAAUUCAAAGUUUAUAAAGUAGAAGUGGAAUUGCAAAGUGAGACAUUUAUCAAAUGUUUAAGAACUGAUAGAGGUGGGGAAUAUUAUGAUCCAUCUUACUUUGAAUUCACUGGAAUUAUCCAUGAGAUAACAACCCCAUACACACCACAACAAAAUGGUGUGGCAGAACGUAAGAAUAGAGUUCUAACUGAAAUGGUGAAUGCCAUGUUAUCAACUUCUGGUUUAAGUCCAGGUUUUUGGGGUGAAGCAUUGCUAACAGCAUGCCAUAUAUUGAAUAGGGUGCCUACUAAAAAUGGCCAAGUUAUCCCAUAUGAACUUUGGAAGAAAAGAAAACCAAACCUUAACUAUUUAAGAGUUUCGGGUUGUAGAGCAAUUGUAAGAGUACCUGAACCCAAAAGGAAAAAAUUAGGUGAAAGAGGAAUUGAAUGUAUAUUUUUGGGGUAUGCAAAAAAUGGUAAGGCAUACCGAUUUAUGGUCAUUGAACCAAAUGAUUCAAUUAAUGUCAAUACCAUAAUUGAAUCAAGAGAUGCUAUCUUUGAAGAGAGCAGAUUUAAUUCAAUUCCUAGACCUAAAGAAGCAAUUGCUGAAAAUUCAGAACAGAGAAUAGAAGACAACUUGGAAGAAAACAAGUUGGAAGAAAACAUUCAAGUUAGAAGAAGCAAAAGAGCUAGAAAAGCAAGAACAUAUGGUCCAGAAUUUUACAUGUUUCUUAUUGAAAGAACAAGAGAAAAGAUAAGAAAAGCAACUAAAUUUUGUUAUAAUAUAGAAGCUGAUCUUGUGACAUUUGAAGAAGCAAUUAAGUCACAAGAUUCAACUUUUUGGAAGGAAGCCAUAGAUGAGGAAAUGAGUUCCAUAAUGGGGAAUAACACAUGGAUUUUAGUAGAUCUUCCACCAGGUUGCAAACCUAUAGGUUGCAAAUGGAUUUUCAAAAAGAAACUGAAAGUUGAUGGCACAAUAGACAAAUUCAAGGCAAGAUUAGUGGCAAAAGGCUGUUCACAAAAGCAUGGUAUAGAUUAUUUUGAUACCUAUGCUCUGGUAGCAAGGAUUGCCACUAUAAGAGUAUUAAUUGCUUUGGCAUCAAUUUACAAAUUGGUAAUUCACCAAAUGGAUGCUAAAAUAGCAUUUUUAAAUGGUGAAUUAGAUGAAGAAGUAUACAUGGAGCAACCAGAAGGGUUUGUGAUGCCUGGUCAAGAAAAGAAAGUUUGGAAACUUAUAAAAUCCUUGUAUGGACUUAAGCAAGCUCCUAAAAAAUGGCAUCAAAAAUUUGAUGAAGUGGUGCUUGCUAAUGGCUUCAAAUUAAAUGAAGCAGAUAAAUGUGUUUAUAGCAAGUUUAAAAAUGGACAAGGUGUUCUUAUAUGCCUAUAUGUAGAUGACAUGCUCAUCUUUGGUACCAACAUAGAACAAGUUGAAGAAACCAAAAAGUUCUUGUCUAGAAACUUUUCCAUGAAUGAUAUGGGUGCUGCUGAUGUGAUUUUGGGAAUAAAAAUUCAUAGAGAUUGUGAUAAUUUAAUCCUUUCUUAGUCCCAUUAUAUAGAAAAAGUCUUGAAGAAAUUUAAUUUUUAUUAUUGUGCAAUUGUUUCUACACCUUUUGAUCCUAAUGUAUGGUUAACAUCUAAUGAUGGAAAACCAAUUGCACAAUUAGAAUAUUCAAGAGUGAUUGGAUGCUUGAUGUAUGCAAUGAUUUGCACAAGACCAGAUAUAGCAUAUGCUGUUGGGAAACUUAGUAGAUACACAAGUAAUCCCAGUUCUUUACAUUGGUACGGAAUACAUAGAGUCUUGAAAUAUCUUAAGAAAACUAUGUAUUAUGGGAUUUGCUAUAAUGGUUAUCCUUUUGUACUAGAAGGCUUUACGGAUGCUAGUUGGAUCAUGGAUCAUGAGGAUCAUAAAUCCACAACUGGAUGGAUUUUCAUGCUUGGUGGGGGUGCUGUUUCUUGGGGAUCCAAGAAGCAAACUUGCAUAACAGAUUCCACCAUGGUAGUUGAGUUUAUUGCCUUAAACUCUGCAUGUAAAGAAGGUGAAUGGUUGAAAGAUUUAUUAUAUGAAAUUCCUUUAUGGCCAAAGCCAAUGUCCCUGAUCUCAAUACAUUGUGAUAAUGAGG